AAUGAAAGGAUUUUCAAACGUGAAAUAAAGAGCCAGACUAAGAAAUCAUAUGAAGAUCACUACCUGCUCUUCAUUCAUUCACGUAUUUAUGACUGAUUUCACUGAUUUACAGAAUCAAAUACCGACAUACGUAUUUAUGGUAGGAAUUGACAUUUCCGUCCACAUCUUCAUCUUCUUAUCUCUAUUCAACUUUAUUUUUCUCAUCUUUUACAGAGUAAUAACUUUAUCUUGGUCAUCUAAUUAUCUUUCUCUUACGUUUUUAGUCUCUUUUCCUUCUUUUACUUUAAUUUAAAAGUUCAUAAUGUAUUUGUUUUACUUCAACUCUAUUGACAUUGGAGUACUACUUUCAUUGUCACAACACAAUUUAGUGUCUUACCAAAAUCCUCAAAACCCUUUUUUUUUAAUAUUUUGAUAUCAAUGGAAGAAGCCCUUGAGCUAAUCUUCGUCCCCGGACCAGGGAUCGGCCACAUCGUCUCCGCAAUCGAGGUCGGGAAACUCAUAGUCAACGAAGAUACGCGGCUUUCCAUCACGUACCUCCUCAUCAACGACCCCGCCGUUCGCGAAUACACGAACUCAAGGCAAGUCCACCCCCGCCUCCGCCUCCUCAACCUCCCCGAACUCGCUGAGGUCAGCUCUGACUUUCAAACAAAGUCAAAGCUGCCCGAGAUCAAGUCCGUAGGACGGGUUGACCGACAAAAGCCUCUUGUCAGAGAGGCCGUUGUCGGCAUCAUGGCUACGGAAACCCGAGUCGCCGGUCUCGUAGUCGACAUGUUUUGCCUGACCAUGACCGACGUCGCCGACGAAUUCUCGAUUCCGGCCUACUUAUUCUUCGCCUCCGGCGCCGGCUUCCUCUCCCUCAUGGUGUACAUGCGCCGGUUGACCGACGAGCACGGCGCCGAUAUAACGGAAUUUAGAGACUCCGACGAAAAGUUCUCCGUCCCGGGAUUCGUCAACCCUGUUCCGGCGAGGGUUUUGCCGUCGGCGAUGCUCGACAAAGACGGCGGCUCCGUCGCCGUCAUGUCGUCGGCCCGACAUAUUCGGAAAGUCAGAGGGAUCUUCAUCAACACAUUCCAAGAACUUGAGCCGAACCUAUUCCAAUCUCUUUCAAUUUCAAAUGAGGAUAAAUUGCCACCGGUCUACGCCGUGGGACCUAUAGUCAACUUUCAAACCUCGCCGGACUCGAAAUAUUCCGACGCGAUUGAAUUUCUUGAUCAUCAACCGCGAAAAUCAGUAGUGUUCCUCUGCUUCGGCAGCGAGGGGAGAUUCUCAGAUGCACAGAUCAGAGAGCUGGCCGCGGCGCUGGAGUCGACCGGAAGGAGAUUCCUGUGGUCUCUCCGGCGCGGGAAUCAGAGCGAGUCAUCGAAUGCGGCGGUGGAAUCAAUUCUCCCGGAGGGAUUUUUGGAAAGGACUAAAGGGGUGGGGAGAGUGAUGGUCGGGUGGGCCCCGCAGGCGGCGGUGCUGGCGCAUCCUGCGGUGAGGGGAUUCGUGUCACACUGUGGAUGGAACUCGAUUCUGGAGAGCAUGUGGUGCGGGGUUCCGAUGGCGGCGUGGCCGCUCUACGCGGAGCAGCAGAUUAAUGCGUUUCAGGUGGUGGAGGAGGUGGGAGUUGCGGUGGAGGUUAGGGUGGAUUAUAGGGGGGGGAGUGGGGUUGUGGUGGGAGCGGAUGAGAUAGCGGCGGCGAUAGGGCGGCUGAUGGAGGGGGAGAAGGGAGUGAGGGAGAGGGCGGAGGAGAUGAGAGAGAAGAGCUCCGGUGCCGUCGCGGAUGGUGGUUCUUCUAGAAUUUUUUUGGCUAAGUUGGUUCGUGACAUUAUUGAUAAUUCGAGUGGUUGAGAGUUUAGAUCGAUUUUAAUUUAGGUAUUAAUGUUUUUUUAGACUUUGAUUGUAUUGAUUGUGAAACCUACUUGUGCCGGUCCGCAUUUACUUUUAAUUUUGGUAUUAAUGAAUUAGUUUAUUACUUUGUCGGUUCACCAUUUAAAGAUUUUUUUUAAAAUAAAAGAGAAAGUGAGUUGAAUUUGAAAUCCAUUUAAAGUUUUAGUUUUGUAUUGGACCGUGACUAAGAAUGGUCGCCCAUAAAAUUACUGCCUCGAAAGGAGCUAGUCAUGAUGAGCCAACAUCCAGCGUGGUGUGGCCUGCUAAAGGAGGCAACUAUAGCCAACAAGAGUGUAUGGGAGUAACUCAGAGUCAUGGUUUCGAAAAGAAGUUUGUUGUGAGCAACAAUGACGUUGGUUCUUAAAGGGGUUGAUUGUUACGUAUUGUGUUGUAAUGUCUCAUAUCGAUUGUGUAAGGCUACUAGUGUGAGGUUUUAUAGAUCAAUUGAAAUCGCUCUUAUGACAAGCUUAUCUUUAUAAAUGAGUUAUCCUAAUUGGCCUAUUUAUUUCGGUCCUUUGUCUUUUGUACAGAUCUUUUCCGUCUUCGAUCAUUUCCGAUCAAUACCCUAGCAUGUGUACCAUAGCCCAACUUACCAUCCACUCUUUCGCACGAAUCAUUCCGCAUUAAAUAACUUCUGAUUGAGAUCCUACCACGCAUCUACACUACAUCCCAACUUCCAUCUACACACAUAUAGUCAAAUUGAGGCCAACGAUUUGGGGCUCUUAGGCUUAGCAAAAUUUGAGUCAUGUUAUGAUUGGUUGAUACGAGUAUAAGACCAAUGGAGCUUCAGCAGGGACGUGAAAUUCUUACGCAAUGCAGCCAACUAAGAGGUAUACGGAGAAGUACUCCAACUGUUCGAUGAAAUGCCACAUAGUGUUUUAACCUAAAAUAUUAAAUUUAAUGCAUAUUUUAUUCAUCUAUUUCUUCAUUAGAGAUUGAAUGAAUCCUAUUAGCUGAAUUUGGAGUGAGUCGUUUACGCACCUUAGUCCUUUACGAAAAUGACUUAAGGGGAAACAUUGAUGAGUUGUUUGGAAAUAUAUCCGGGACCGGGAAAGGAAUAUUGGAAUCACUCCAAAUUCUAGACUUGGCUCAUAAUAAACUAAAUGGAACACUGCCAGACCUGAGAGCAUUUUCUGCACUGACAGAAGUAUACUUUGGGGGAAACAACUUGACUGGCUUUAUUAUUCCUCUAAGUAUCCGCCAACUCUCUGAGCUUCGUGUUCUAGAUCUUUCUAAAAAUUUGUUGGAAGGUGUAGUCUCUGAAUCCCAUCUCAUCAAGCUCAACAAGUUAAAGGAACUAGAUUUAUCAUUCAAUUCAUUGAUAUUGCAUUUUGGCUGAUUGGAGUCCAGCUUUUAGCAAAAUGCAAUGUGGGCCCAUCUUUCCCAAAAUGGAUUCAAACUCAGAGAAGUUUCAAUGUCCUUGAUCUUUCUAGAGCUAAUAUAACAGAUGAAAUCCCAGUAUGGCUGUGGAGUGUAUCCCCUUCAUUAACCUACUUAUGCCUUUCUGAUAAUCAAAUUACCGGUAUUAUCCCGAAUCUCUCAUCCACUUUCUGACUUUCAUCAACAGCAUAGAUCAUGGUAACGAUAGGAUCUCAGGUCCCAUUCCAUUAUUUUAUGCUGUAUCUUAUGGUCGGUUUUGGAUACUUGACCUCGCCAAUAAUCAGUUGGCUGGAGAGAUUCCCAACUGUUGGGAGAAAUUGCCAUACUUGUUCUCUCUCAGUUUAGCUAACAACAGGUUAUGGGGUGAAAUUCCUAGUUCUUUGGGAUCUUUGCAUGACCUCACUGCACUGCAGUUGCGUGGUAAUAGUUUAUCGGGAGUGUUUCCUUCCACUUUGAGACGUUGCCGAAACAUGAAUUUAGUGGAUGUUGCAGAGAAUGAGUUAACAGGAGACAUCCCUACUUGGUUUGGUGAAAUGAAUCAAAUGACAUUUCUAAACCUUGGUGCAAACUAAUUGCACGGCAGUAUUCCUGACGAGAUAUGCAAUUAUACGUAUAUUAGAAUUAUAGACUUGUCUAGAAACAACCUGUCUGGAAAAAUCCCCGAUUGCUUCAAUGAUUUUACUUCAAUGGCUCAAAAUAGUACGCCAGCUGAUUUGGUUCGUCUGGGUUAUGUUUAUAGCCAUGCAGAAACCAUGGUUAAAUAGUACUGCUACUAUGAUUUGAUAAUGGAAUAUAUAAUUUCUUUUGUUUGUGAAUAGAGGUGGACAGAGAUGGUACAAGAAGAAUUGACGAUAACUAUUGCUUAUGAAUAGUCUUUGUACCUUGCUUUGAUGUCCCACAUUUCAUCAAUAUGUUGGUCAUGUAAUUUACUUUGCGAUAAUACAAUAUUGUGUGAUCUUAUUAUUGUCAAA